GCAGCAAACUUAAGAGUUAAGUGCUGACUCCAACAUUUACACAAUAGUGAAUCAAACUCGAGAGUUAUUUCUUUCCUUCCUCUUGGAGCUAGCUAAAUGUUACCAUCAACCCUUCAAGAAAGUUCAGCAAUGGAGAAAGCCUUGCUCGCUAAAUUCAAAGAAAAUGUUUUAUCAAUCCCCAAGAGCUAUAUCAAGUUGGGAAAAGAUGAUCCAAGAAGAAUAACGCACUCCCUCAAAGUUGCACUUGCCAUCACAUUGGUUUCAUUCAUAUACUAUGAACAGCAUCUCUAUGACAGAUUUGGGGUGAAUGGGAUAUGGGCAGUGAUUACAGUGGUGGUUGUAUUUGAUUUUACGGCAGGUGCAACUCUAAGCAGAGGUUUAAACAGAGGUUUAGCAACAUUUCUCGGUGGUGCACUAGGGUUUGGAGCAGUUUCACUGGCAAGACGCAUAGGCCAUAUCUGUGACACUCAGCCUGCAGAAUGCUUUCAUGGGCAAAAUAAAAUUGCAGAAGGCAUCGUCAUUGGCAUCUCUGUCUUUGUAAUAGCUGCAGGAGCAACAUUCACUCGAUUUUUCCCGACGAUUAAGGCAAGAUAUGAUUAUGGGGUGAUGAUAUUCAUUUUGACAUUCAGUUUGGUUACUGACUAUGGAUUCAGAGUUGAUUCAGUUGAAAAUGACUUUCAAGUAGCCUGGGAAAGACUAUCAACAGUAUUAAUAGGAGGAGCAGCUUGUAUUAUUAUAUCUAUUUGCAUCUUUCCAGUAUGGGCUGGUGAAGAUCUUCACAAUUCCGUCGCUUCCAAUCUAGAAAAACUUUCAAACUAUCUAGAAGCAUUUGGAAGUGUUUGUUUUGAAUCUUCUAAACACGGUGGGACCGUGGUGAUUAAGAAAGAUGAGUCAUUUCUUCAAGGGUAUAAAUCUGUUCUCAGUUCAAAGGGCAAAGAAGAAAUGUUGGCAAAUCUUGCCAGAUGGGAACCGGGGCAUGGGCGUUUCAGGCUUUUUUAUCCGUGGAAGCAGUACUUGAAGAUUGGAGACCUUGCUCGAGAAUGUGCCUCGUCGAUUGAAGCUAUGAAUCCCUACGUUGACUCUGAUUUCCAGCAAUCACCAGGGUUUCAAAGCAAAAUUCAAGAAUCAUGCAAAAAGAUGAGUGCAGAAAGUAGCAAGGCAUUAAGAGAGCUGGCCACAGCAAUCAAAACGAUGACAGAGCCAUCCUCUGCGAGUCCUUACUUGGAGAACUCCAAAUCUGCCAUGAAACACCUUACAACUGCUCUCAAAGAUUUCUCAUUCGAGAGUACUGAUCUCCUAGCAAUCUUGCAAGCUGCCACAGUCGCUUCAAUCCUUGUUGAGAUCAUUAAAUGCAUGGAAAAAAUUUCGAAAGCAGUUCAUGAACUCUCCGAGCUAGCACGUUUCAAGAAUGCAGAACCUACCGUGUCAUGCAAGAAACUGCAUCAGCUGUUCAUAAACCCAAGUUUUGAAGGUGAUGGUAAACUUAACAUGGGAAACAAGACAAUUCACAUCAUAAAUCUAUUACCACGUCAGGAAAAUAACAAGUCAAUCACUAAUUGACUGUGCCUCGCAGUGCAAAUCAGUUGAGGAGCGAGCAGAUUCCAUUAACACCAUUUAUCCACGCGUUCUGAUAGAAUUAAUUAAAACUGUGACUUCUAU